AUGGCAGCGACCCUCAGCAACCUCACCAGCACGCUGGCACGGCUCUCCGUGUCUCGCAGCGCCGGAUGCACAUCGACACUCCUCCACAGAACCGCGGCCGCGCCGACGAGGCGACCCCUGACCCCCGUCCUCUCCACCGUCUCCGUUCUCUCCUCGCGGUCCUUCUCCGCGACGCCGGGCGCGGCCAGGGGCGCGCCGGCCAAGGGCGGUGCCCCGAAAGCUAGCAAGAGGCGCCGCAAGGUCAAGGGCGACAAGCCCGACCCGCGUAUUCGCAACCUCAAGAUCUCGAACCCCCGCAAGGUGCCGGCGCCUCUGCGCUUCGCCCGCAACCGACACCUGCGGCACUGGACGAUCCACCGCGCGUGGCUGCUGUGGCAGCGCAAGGAGCGGGAAGGGGAGGAGAGGGAGCUCAUGAGAAUGUACCAGUCCAUGGCCUCAGCCUGCGAAGAGCUGCGCACGACGUCCGGGCCCGGAACCCGCGACGAGGGAUACCUGUACCGCGUGGCUAUGGAGAAGAAGGGUCUAUUCGGACACAAUGCCGUCCCGAUCGAGUACGCAAGGCCGCAGACCGAGACGCCUGCGCGGAUCCCCUGGAACCACGACUGGACACGCUGA